GAGGUUCUAUUGGGUAUCACCGGCAAGGACUUUGUCCUGGUGGCAGCGUCCAAAGCCGCCAUGAGGGGCCCAACUAUUCUUAAGGCCGAAGAUGAUAAGACACGACAGCUCAACAAACACAGUCUGAUGGCUUUCUCGGGAGAGGCAGGAGAUACCGUGCAAUUUGCGGAGUAUAUUCAGGCGAACAUCCAACUAUAUACUAUGCGGAAUGAUACCGAACUUGGACCGAACGCCGUUGCCAACUUUGUCCGAGGAGAACUUGCGCGCAGUCUGCGAUCUCGGAGUCCAUACACGGUCAACCUGCUGCUCGCUGGUGUCGAUGGAAUCACCGAGAAGCCUCACCUGUACUGGAUAGACUAUCUGGCUUCUUUGGCACCAGUACCAUAUGCCGCUCAUGGUUAUGCCCAAUACUACUGUCUCUCAACACUCGAUAAACACCACCACCCCGAUAUUUCCCUCGAAGAAGGCUUAAAGCUUCUAGUGAUGUGCACAGACGAGCUAAAGCGUCGAUUGCCGAUUGACUACAAGGGGGUUUUGGUAAAGGUUGUGACCAAAGAUGGCGUGAGGGAAGUAGACUUUGAUAAUGACAAGAUCGUCAAGAGUGCUUAA